AUGCCUCCAGUAUAUGUGAAAGGUGGAAUGUGGACAAACGUAGAGGACGAGAUCCUCAAAGCGGCAAUUGCAAAGUACGGACUCAACCAAUGGUCCCGAGUAUCAUCACUUUUGACGAGGAAAAAUGCCAAGCAGUGUAAGCUUAGAUGGAAUGAAUGGCUUGAUCCACGGAUUAAGAAGCUGGAUUGGAGUCCAGAUGAGGACAAGCAGUUGCUCAAUUUAGCCAAACUUAGACCAAAUCAAUGGACCUCUAUUGCCAUGUUUCUAAAAAGAACUGCCAACCAAUGUAUCGAAAGAUACCAGGAGUUGCUAACAGGCCAUUUAGGUGAUGGUGAAGGUGAAGGCGCUUUUCUUGUUGGUAAUGUCGAAUCAGGCGAGGCUAAAGGUACGUCGGCCUUCAGUGGGUUGAACUUGAAUCCAGAGUCAAAGCCUGCACGGCCAGAUUUGGAGGUUAUGGAUGAAGAUGAGAAGGAGAUGAUUAGUGAGGCUCGAGCUAGAUUGGCAAACACACAGGGUAAAAAGGCCAAAAGGAAAGCAAGAGAGAGGGUAUUAGAAGAGAGUCGUCGUGUUGCUGAGCUCCUCCGACGUAGGGACUUGAAACAGGUAGGUAUUGAUGCAAAGCUGAGGCCGAAGAAGACAUUCAAAGAGCAGAUGGACUACAAUGCUGAUAUUGCAUUUGAGAGACGCCCUGAGAAGGGUCCGUUCGAUACAAGUGAGGAAGUUCAAUUGAAUGAAAGAGAGAAGGUAUUGUUUGAUCGAAACACCCAGGUGAAGGGGACAUUUAACCAAGAAGUUGAAGCUCAAAAGCGGAAGGAAAAGAAGAGGAAAGAACACAACAAGAGAUUGGUAGAAUAUACACAAUCCAAGAGAAAGCGGGACGAAGAAGAUGAUGAAAAUGAAGAAUUAUACGCAAAGGAGAUGUCUAAACGGAGGCGCUUAGAUUUUAAUACGCCUGGAAGUAUUACUGAUUUGGAUGAUAUUGUGGAAGAUGCUGUUCAAGAUUUGGAUGCAAGGAAAAGUAUAGUUUUAUCAAGAAAAAAAGACGUCAUUUCCAGUUUUGAUAUCAGUAAAGCGGAGAAGAAGGAAGAAAAGAAGCGUAUCAAAGAACAGCGCAAGCACCUCCACUCUCUUUUAGAUUCACUGCCUACCCCUGAUGAUGAUUUCGACUUUGAUGUCGAAAUGUUGGAAAACGACGAAAUGGUCCAGGGAGACUCUACGAAAAAGCCUCGGUUGAUUGCCAUAGAUAAGAAUGAACAGAGACGGGUCGAAAUACAGAAACGCAAAUUAUUGCUAUCCCAAAUCAAUGAAUUGGUAAGCCCACAAGUUGCAAAACGUAAGAACUUACCACUCAUCAAGAGCGCUAGUGUAAGCGGCUUAAAUGAUGAGGCUAAGCUAAAGUUAUUAGAUAUUAUUAAGGGACGACUCCCGGAUUACCAUGAAUCCACACUGGAAGAAUUGAAAGCUCACAUUUCUGCUUGGGAAGAAGUUGAACGGCGGACCGAGCAAUGCAUCACUGAAGAUGGUAGGUACGACAAUAUUGAAACAAAGGUAGAACUGCCGAAUCAUGAACUAAUCAAGAUGAUCAAAUCAUACACUGAAGAGUCUUCUAAGUUCGAGGCCGAUAUAAAGGAUAUAUUCAACAGAGACACUGAUAGAGACGUGGUCGCCAAAAUUCUCAAUUGCCAGUCUGAAUUGGAACAGAUUGAAAAUGAAAUUUGGACAAACGAAGAAAUUUACAAACUUGAAAGGGAAUAUAUAGACUCACGUAAAUCUCAGCUGCAAGCUUCACUUGAUAAACUCAACUGCCUUAUUAAUGGCUGA